CAGGUGGACGUCAGUUUCUCCAUCUACAGACUCCAUGCCCACUCUGAUUUGAGAUAUCUCAUGUACCCAACGUUACAGAAGGACUGACCUACAAAGAAUACUGAUUCACUUACCUGCUCUUCCAAACGUCCUCCUCUACUCCAGUGAUCCCACUAAUCCUCCUCUCCCAGAAAACCAGACCCCGACGGGCACAACACAUUGAGCAUGGAGCUAAUAGGUGUUUUCAUGGAACUGUUCAGGCAGGAACUUCCCCUCUUGAAAUAUUCCACCAAGUUCUGCCAACUCGCUGCAACAACCACCAUAUCGGAUAUGUACCUCAAGUCCAUUUACGGUAUGGGUUUAAACUAUCACCGAACAACAGCGCUUCCGGAGGCGGAGAAUCUCUCCCUUGCGGAUUAUAUCCUUGCCACACUGAACAUCCAUCACCCCUCACUAUCUUCCAUUACCACGGUUACUCCUCUCCCAUCUUGCUCUACGCCUUCCAUGGCUCCUUGCUCUAUGCCUUCCACGGCUCAUCCUUCCAAGUCUGCCACGGUCAACGAGCCAGCGCCUAUGCCUGCCACGGUCAACGAGCCAGUGCCUGUAGCCUCGACCGUCCCAGUGCCAGUGCCUGUUGCAUUGACCGACCCUGAGCCAGCUAUCGCCAAGUUAAUAGACCUGGACUUGCUCCCCGCCCUAGUUCCCACCCAGACUACCCUUUAUCCUCUGCUGGUUCCAGCCAGCUUAAUGGACACUCUGGUUCCGUCCAGUACCCUGGCCCUUCCUCCUCCGCUGGCUCCACUCAAGACUCCUCCUCCUCCUGGUCAGCCGGUUCCCCCCAAGUCACCGGCUCGACCAUCGACCCCUGAGAAUUCACAGGCAAGGGGAUCUGUCGACCAUCCGACUCUGCCUUGGCCCUCCGAUCCCUCAUGAACACCUUGGUUCUACGUCCCCUCGUCUCCACCGUGGGCCGUCAGCCUAUCAACGUCACCGGGGUCCCUCGUCACUCCAGCUCCACCAUGGUCCGUCGGUCACCUUGCUCUGCCUUUGGCUCCACUAGGGACCUCCUCCCCUCCAGCUCCGCCUUGGUCCUCAGUCCCACCGGCUCCGCCUCAGUCCUCCGAUCCCCCAGCUCCACCUCGGACCUCCAAGCCUUCAGCGCUGCCUCUGUCCUCCGAACCCCCGGCUCAACCAUGGUCCUUCGAGCCUUUGGCUAUGCUCCGGGCACUAAGAUUCCCAGUUCCGCCCCUCGAGCUUUCCACGGCUCCACCUUCCAUGGCUCCACCCCUCAAGCCUCUCAUGGCUCCGCCUUCCACGGCUCUGCCUGCCUUCGUUGAGCCUCUCCUAGCUCCACGCUCAGACUCUUCCACGGCUCUGCCCACUCCCCCGGAGUCUCCUCCUCCAGCAGUUCCACCUCUUGACCUAGUCCUUGCCCUGUGGCUGCCUCCCAGGCCUCCAGACCCAGUCCCAGUCCUGUGGCCACCUCCAGGCCCCUGGAUCCAUUCCCAGCCCUGAAGCCACCCCCCAGGGCCCUGGACUGUCCUCCUUGGAUCCUUCACCUUCUGCGUCACCCUGCCCUCCUCAUCCAUCUUUGGGCGCCAGAAGUCGCCCUUAAUGUCACAGUCUGUCUCCCUCACGUUCUUCAAGGACUCUUAUUUUGAAGUAUUCCAGACUACAUCUCCCAUGUUUCACUGCCCUCAUCACUUCCAUCUGUUUCUUAUCCUCACCUGUAUUCCAUUCCCUCAUUAGUUCCUUUUGUAUAAAUAUCCUCUUGUUUUGCCCAUUCAUUUGUCAGUCCUUGAAGUGUUAAUGGUUUGUUGUGAAGUUUAUCGUUAUUGUUUUGUUCCACUCCAGCAUUUGUUAUUAAAGGAUUUAAAGUAUUUACUCCUGCGUCUCCUCUCUCUCCCUCUUCCACUCCACCAAACCAACGUUACAAAUAUUAUAUAGGCUUAAGUGUAUUGUAAAGCGCUCAAUGCUCACAUCGAUUCAUUUUGGCUAAAAAUAGAAAUAAAUAUUACUCCUCUCUAAAGAAAUGUGACGUAAACAUAUGAGAAUCCAUCUAUAUUUCUCCAAAUGUGCACGCUUUUGAACUAAAUGCCCUGAGGGACGUUGUUCAGUCAAGCGCGUUCAUGGCAACCGGAUAGCAUUUUUUUCUAAAUGGAUGCGGCUGAGGCUCAUACUUCAUAUUAAAGGUAUCCAUUUUGCAUAACUCCUGGCACAUUAAGAAAUUAAAUUAGUCACUAUGAGAUCAUUAUAGUAAAACAGAGGUCAAAUAUUUAAGCUUAAGUCUUAAACCUUUUAAAUAAUGUAUAGUUUGCCAAGUUAAUUACAUUAUUUUACAUUAAAACUAACAGUAAGUUGAUCUAGUGCAAAUAAAGAACACUUCAGUGCGCCGGCAUCCUCCCGCGGAUU